CAAAGCCUUAGGAUUGAUCUUUGGCAGGAUCUCAUCUUCAGUAGCUUCAUUUAAGAAGCACAUUACUUUGGGUGGUAGAGGGAGGAGGAGGUGCGGUGUGGUUGAAGGUCUCGGGUGCUGGCGGGUCUCCCGGCCUUUCUGUGCCAGUGGGGAUUGGUGUUGCCCUCUUUUUGCUUUAGUCUAUCCUCAUGGAUUUCCUGCCUCAAGAGAAACUCAUCUUCCUCUGUGGAUUCAAUCACUUCUGCUUUGCUGCAAGCCCCAGGCAGAGUGAGAAGUUUCACUUUUUGAUCUCUCUGUGUGUGUGUGGGGUCAUUAGAAGAGUCCUGGACUUGAAAAGUGAGCUGCCUGCAAGCUGCCAAGUGGCAAAGGAUCCAGGAAAAGGCACAAGACUGGAAAGUGCUACCCAGCAAUCUGUGUAUUCUGCACUUAACAAGGGCAACUGUGUCCCAGGAGGAUCAUCAGAGGGGGUUGGAGGACCUCUGGUCAAGAAAGGAUCCGGGUGGAGCCAGGCUUUGGGACACUGCCCAUGUGGCAAGUCAGAGCUGGAUGGAGCUGAACCCCAUCAUCAUGGCCUCACUCAGAGCAGUGAAAUGAAAGGAGAUGGGAGUUUGAAUUCUAGCUCUGCUGUGCGGCCAUGGAUGCCUAGUUCUUCCUGGCCACCCAGCUGGGUCUCAACAUGGGCUUCGGAGGAGACUGAACUUGGUUUGAAUGAUUGCUUCUGCCACCUGACAGUUGUGUGGCCUUAGGCUACUUAUGGAAUCUCCCCAUGCCUCAGUUUCCUCCUUUGCAAAGUAGGGAUAACAAUACCACCCUCAUGACUUUGCUGUGGGGAUGGAGAGAAGAAGAGUGGAAACGUGUCCCGCACAGCACGUGACGGGCAGUCAACCGUCAGCACACGUGAGUUCCCGGCCCCCCUGAGCCACACUGAGGUCUUGGGGGCUGAACGGAUUCUCUCCCCUUAGGAGGUCCUGCAUUUUAAAGAGGACACUGUGGCUGCCUGAUAAAACGCCAUAAAUUGACUGGGGUGAAACUUCGGAGGAAGCAGUGGGGUGGAGGAAAGAGAGAUUUUGGGGCAGGAAAUGGCCUUCCUUUACGUCUGAAAUCAUACCACCUCGACUAGCAGUUCUCAGCCUAAAAGCUGUGACACACUGAUGUGCUACCAGUGGUUAUAGGAUGUGUCACAAACAAAUAUGUUACUAAUAAUAAAGUGCCACAGUUUUCAAAUAAUCCCCCCCAUCUUUUGCAAAUUAGAGGGCAUUCAAGGUCAUCCCCAUCAUAUCGUCAUACCCGCUCACAUUCCUAUGUGAUUUCUUGAGUGGGAUAGGAAAGGGUGCACCCUGGAAUUGAGCCCAACCUGGCCUUGCCUGGGCACGGAUGUCUGUAGUCACGCGCGGCCUGGUGGAAGUAACAGUUGCAAGUCACUGACUUGAACAAAUGUGAAGCUCUUGAGAAAUUUAGAAGCACUAGGUACGCUGCAGAGUGAGAGAAGAGAAGGAACCACUGCCUUCUGCAACAACGUGGUCGCCUCUGAAGACAGAAUACCAUGCAAGCAGCCGGAUGCGAAGGGGCACCAGAGGCACGGUUCCACCCUCAUGAAGCUCGCUACAGGCCUGACUGACGACGGCAGCAGUCAGAACAAUGUCACCUUCGGGGUGGGGGGAUUGGCUGGCAAGAGGCAUGUGGAGCCUUCUGGGGCACUGGAAAUAUUCCAUGUCUUGAUCUUGAUGGUGGUUACAUGGUGUUAUGGAUUGAAUGUGUCCCCUCAAAACGCACGUGUUGAAACUCUACCCCCUGGAGUAUUAGGAGGUGGGGCCUUUGGGAGGUGAUUAGGAUUAGACGAGGUCGUGAGGGUGGGGCCCUCAGGAUGGGAUUAGUGCCCUCAUGGACGUCACGGGAGAGCUUGCUUCCCCCGUCCCUGCCCUCCUCCACUGGGGCGCACUUGGAGAGGUGGGCUCCGAAACCCAGAAGGCCUCACCAGAAGCCCGCUGUGCUGCAUCCCAUCUCAGGCUUGUUUAUAAGCCACCAGUCUACAGUGUUCUGUUAUAGCAGCCCGAAUGGCCUAAGUCAAUGGGUACAGAACCGUGAAGUUUUACUCUUAAGAUCUGUGUUUU